AUGAUGCUGUCUGUUUACCUGCUGUGGACUUGUGUGCUGAGAGAGAUUAUUGUGCUGCUUUGCCUCCAUGGGAUUCUCAGUGUCUCUUUUUCCUUCGCAGAUGUUUGUGAGGCUUUAAAUGUGACAGUGUCUCCGGGACCAACAGUGCGGUACUCCGAGGGAGAUAAUGCUACCCUUUACUGCCACAUUUCUCAAAAGAGAAAGACAGACAAUUUGCUGGCUGUGCGGUGGGUCUUUGCUGUGUCACCCACCCAGGAGUAUCUGAUGAUCAAAAUGACCAAAUUUGGGUCUGUCCAGUACUAUGGGAAUUAUACUCAUCAUUUCCACAAGCAAAGACUUCGUCUUCUUAAAGAAAAACAUGGAACUAUGUACAAAUUUCUUAUUCUAAGCCUCCAGCAAACAGAUCAAGGACAUUAUAUAUGUAAAGUUCAGGAAAUUGGAAAACACAGGAAUAAGUGGACAGCCUGGUCAAAUGGUACAGCAGCUACUGAAAUAAGAGUGAUUUCAUCAAAAACUUCUGAUGAUCCCACUUACAAGAAAAAACAUGAAGCUUGGAAGUUUUUCGAAGAUCUGUAUGUGUACGCAGUGUUUGUGUGCUCAAUAGGAAUCAUCAGUGUUCUCCUUUUUACACUUGUGAUUCUCUGUCAGUCACUUCUGAACAAGAGGAGAUGCACAGUGAAGCAUUACCUGGUGAAAUGCCCCCAGAACAGCUCAGGGGAGACUGUGACCAGUGUGACGAGCAUGUCCCCUCUGCAGCCCAAGAAGGUGAAGAAAAGGAAAGAGACAGCAGAGCUGCCACCAGCCAUCCCAGAAAAAGCACCAAUACCCAAUAUUCCUAAGCCCAAGCUCUUGAAACCUCAAAGAAAAUUGAUCCUGCCAAAAAUCGCUGAGGAGAAUUUAACAUAUGCUGAACUUGAACUUAUGAAGCCGAUUCAGGAGGCCAAAGGCAUUCCCAGUACGACAGUCUACGCACAGAUACUCUUUGAGGAGAACAAGCUGUAACAGUUCAUGCCUGUAUAACUGUCCUUUGUCUGUGUUCUAUUUAAUUCUUGCUGUGCUGUUUAUUUAUAAAGAUCAUACAAAUGUC